AUGAAUGGGGAGAAUGUAAUCAUCGUCUACUAUAGUUCAUUGAAUGGGAAUGGUCACCAUGAAAGUGCUGCAUCGAGCGAAAUAGGUGAUAAUCACUUGGACGGAUAUCAGGAGAAUAUGGCGAUUGAGGCAGGACUUCCCAUCCAAAUCCUUCGAUUCGAUAACCGUGUGAUUUUCGCAACAUGCGGCUUAGCAUUGUCAUUCAAGAACUUCAACGAACUUAUGAACUCCGCAUUCCAUUGUUUUGCACAGUUUUUUGAAUAA